AUGGGUGUCACAUUCGAUCCCGCCAAAGACAUUGGCAGUCUGGCGGGCAAAGUUAUCCUGGUGACUGGCGGCAACGCUGGACUGGGCAAGCAAACCAUCACAUACCUUGCCGCUCACAAACCAGCACGUAUCUACCUCGCCGCGCGCAACGCGUCGAAAGCGUCCUCCGCCAUUUACGACAUCAGGGCUGCCGUAUCCAAUGCCUGUGAAAUCAUCCACCUGCCCCUCGACCUUACGUCAUUCUCCAGCAUCGCAGAAGCGGCUGCGACAUUCAACCGCUCGGAAACCCGCCUGGACAUCCUAAUCAACAAUGCAGGCAUAAUGGCAUGCCCCUACUCCACCACAAAAGAAGGGUACGAGAUACAGUUCGGAACGAACCACAUGGGCCACGCGCUGCUCACUAAGCUCCUGCUGCCCACACUGCUGAAGACGAGCGAGACACACGGUGAUGCGCGAGUCGUUACAUUGAGCAGUGCAGGCCAUGCAAUCGGGGUACCAGGGGGCCUCAUUCUGGACCAGCAAAAGCUCGAGCAACAAGGAACGUGGAAGCGGUACGGACAGUCAAAGUUGUGCAACCUGCUAUUUGCACGCGAGUUAAGUGAGCGGUACCCGCAGAUCACGUCUGUCAGUCUGCAUCCUGGUGUGAUUCUCACCGACCUGUUCCAGUCGCUGCAGGCGAACGUGUUUUUGAAGGCGGGACUGUUUAUCUACGGACUGUUUUUCUUCCUGAUUCCUGGACACUACAAGAGUACGGAGGGCGGUGCGUUGAACCAGACAUGGGCUGCCACUGCGCGGAAGGAAGACUUGGUGAACGGAACGUAUUACAAGCCCGUCGGGGUGAAGAGCGAGGGGAGCAAGGCGGCAAGGGAUACAGGGUUGCAGAAGAAGCUUUGGGAAUACACCGAGGCGGCGUUGAGCACCCAUGGAUAUUAG